AUGGCUUCGGAACACACGGUGACCAAAGUCCUGCUGGAGUGGAUCAACAGCUUCUCCCUGGGCAAGACUCUCCGAACAACCGACGAGCUAACCGAUGGAAUUAUUCUCUGGGAGAUCCUCCAGGAUAUUGACCCUCAGUUCUUCCUCGAGGAGAUUCCAGAGCGCAACUCCACGGACCAUUGGGUCGCCAAGUGGCAGAACCUCAAGCACAUUCACAAACUACUCCUCAACUACAUUCGACACCAGAACGAUGAUACCAUACCCUCCGGCCUCGAUCCGUCACCCGAUCUCGAGUCAAUCGCGGAAAAGGGCUCAGGAAAAGAGACAAACAAGCUACUGAAGCUUCUCCUGAUCGCCGCCAUCAGCUCCCCCAACGCCGGAACCUUCGUGCAGACCCUCCAGGAAUUGAGCACUUCGACGCAAGAGGGACUCAAGGAUAUCAUUGAGGAAGCCCACAAUGGACAAUACGAACCGAUGGACGCGGCGGACGAGCUGAGGGAGGAUCUGGCGAAACGCGACGGCCCCGUGGACCUGGAACUGCAGUUCGAGGAACGCGUUGGCAAGGUUCUUGCCGAGAACGACCGUUUGACACACGAGAAGAAAGAGCUGGAAAAGGCGUUGGAGGACCUGCACAACCGCCUCGCGCGUCUUCAAGAGAACAACGACACCUUGCAAAACCGCCUUGCCUCCACCGAGGAUCGUCUCGUCACGUUGAAGUCCGGAAAAGGGGAUAUUGGGUUCAACGCGAAGGCGCUGGAGAGCAAGACGCGCCAACAGGACGAUUUGAUCGCCUCCCAGGAAGCGAAGUUGACUGCGGCCCAGGACGAGAUCGACAGCCUCCGCAUGACCGUGGAGUCCCUGCGGGUCAAGAACCAGCGCUACCAGAAGUUGCAAGAUGACUAUGAUGAGCUGCGCACUGAGAAGGACCAACUCGCGCGCAAGGCCAAUGCGGCUGAGAAGUACCGCCAGAAGCUCCAGGCCAGUCAGGAUUUCGAGAAGGAGAACCAGACCCUCAAGAACCAGAUCAAGGACAUUCAGCAACAGCUCAAGGAAUCUGAUUCACAGCAACGAUGGUCAGCGGAGCGUGAUGUGGAGUUGGAGGAAUAUCGCAAGCUGCUGCCGCAAGUGGAACAGGAGUGCAAUGAGAUUCAGAACUUGAAGAAACAGCUCGAGUUCAACAACCAUGCUCUGACAGAGCGGCUCGAAAGCGCAGAUGAACAGCAUGAGCGAGACGAUGCAUUGAUCAGCGAGUUGCGUGAACGCCUAGGCGAGAUGGAUGGCUUACCAGGCAGUCCAUCCCCAGGCUCUGAGUCGUCCAAGAUGCAGGGGACUCUGCACAAGGACUUUGAGGCGAUCGGUGUCAAAGAGUCUCAGCUCAAAUCCGAGAACGAUGACUUGAAACGGGAGAUGGAAUCUAUCAAGCCGCCUUCAGCGCCGGGCUCUCACACUGGAGGCUUCUCAGAAAGCUUCGCUACAUCUGUGCAGUUAGCACGAUCCGGAUCCUCGCAAAGGUUUGAUCGCCCGGACUACUGGAAGUUAUACGAAAAUUAUACGAGUGCACUCCAGAAGAUUGCAGAAGUUCAAGAUACUCUGGAGACAGCUAGGAAGGACCUCUCCGACACACAAGCUGAACGCCUUGUACUGCAACAAGCUGACGUUCUUGAAGUUGGUCUUGUGAAUAUGGAGCAAGUAGAGAUGCUCAAAGGACUCGAGGAGCACAACUCGACCGAGCUCACAAAGAUCAGGGGUGAUUGGGAGAGCCUUACACACAACGUCCACCACCUUGAAGCCGAAGUGGAUGCCAGUCAAACGCUAGUGCGUGAGGUCUGCGCAGAACGAGAGGAACUGCGCAAGAUGCUUGACAACAAGCAAAGCGAGAUCAGCUCUGAAGAUCAGGAAGUGAUGAAAGAGAUGCAGAUGCUUCUGGGCGAGUUCGAAAUCCACAACGGCGAGGGCGACGAAGUAGCACAGAAGUCGAGCUUCGAGCUUCUCAAACAGUGCGCUGGAGUCUUGGAAAAGAACGUUGAACGCCUCGCUCAACGUGCUGAGUAUAUUCAACAACAGAACGAACUUGUCAAGUCACUUCGUGAACGUAUGAAGAAUUACGAAGAAAACUUGGAUGACGGCAUUCCCAAGGAGCGUGAGAUUGAACUCCAAAACAUCAUUGAUAACCAAGCUCGUGAGCUAAGCCUUGUGGGCUCAGCUUGGUACCAUCUUCAAAGCCGCUGGCAGAAUAACAACAUGACUGUCUCGCGAUAUCGGCAUGGCGCCAGCACAGGGGAUUCUAAGGGCUGGCUGGCAAAGCAAAGAAGCGCCGUUGCUGGUCAGUAG